CACCCCGGAGUCAUGGUGAGCGAGUCCUCAGGGUCGGGCGCCGGCGCCCCCUGGCGGCGACGAGACGAGGCGCUGCGCGUGAACGUGGGCGGCGUGCGGCGGCGGCUGAGCGCACGCGCCGUGGCGCGCUUCCCGGGCACGCGGCUGGGUCGCCUGCAGGCCGCGGCGUCCGAGGAGCAGGCGCGGCGCCUGUGCGACGACUACGACGCGGGGAUACGCGAGUUCUACUUCGAUCGGCACCCGGGCUUCUUCCUGGGCCUGCUGCAUUUCUACCGCACCGGCCACCUGCACGUGCUGGACGAGCUGUGCGUGUUCGCCUUCGGCCAGGAGGCGGAUUACUGGGGCCUGGGCGAGAACGCCCUGGCCACGUGCUGCCGGGCGCGCUACCUGGAGCGGCGCGUGGCGCGGCCUCGCGCGUGGGACGAGGACAGCGACACGCCGAGCAGCGUGGACCCGUGCCCGGAUGAGAUCUCCGACGUGCAGCGCGAGCUGGCGCGCUACGGCACGGCGCGCUGCGGCCGCCUGCGCCGCCGCCUGUGGCUCACCAUGGAGAACCCGGGCUACUCGCUGCCCAGCAAGCUGUUCAGCUGCGUCUCCAUCGGCGUGGUGCUCGCCUCCAUCGCCGCCAUGUGCAUCCACAGCCUGCCCGAGUACCAGGCCCGGGAGGCCGCGGCCGCCGUGGCCGCCGUGGCGGCGGGCCGGAGCGCCGAGGAGGUGCGCGAUGACCCGGUGCUUCGGCGGCUCGAGUACUUCUGCAUCGCCUGGUUCAGCUUCGAGGUGUCGUCGCGCCUCCUGCUGGCGCCCAGCACGCGCAACUUCUUUUGCCACCCGCUCAAUCUCAUCGACAUCGUGUCGGUGCUGCCCUUCUAUCUCACGCUGCUGGCCGGGGCGGCGCUGGGCAAGCAAGGCGGGGCCGGCGGCGAGGACUUGGGGGACCUGGGCAAGGUGGUGCAGGUCUUCCGUCUCAUGCGCAUCUUCCGCGUGCUCAAAUUGGCGCGCCACUCCACCGGGCUCCGAUCGCUGGGUGCCACGCUCAAGCACAGCUACCGCGAGGUGGGCAUCUUACUGCUAUACCUGGCCGUGGGUGUGUCAGUGUUCUCCGGCGUGGCCUACACUGCGGAGGAGGAGGAGAACGUGGGCUUUGACACCAUCCCGGCCUGCUGGUGGUGGGGCACGGUGAGCAUGACCACGGUGGGUUACGGGGAUGUGGUGCCGGUGACAGUGGCUGGCAAGCUGGCGGCCUCGGGCUGCAUCCUUGGAGGCAUUCUGGUGGUCGCGCUCCCCAUCACCAUCAUCUUCAACAAGUUCUCCCACUUCUACCGGCGCCAGAAGGCUCUGGAGGCAGCUGUGCGUAACAGUGGCCAGCGGGAAUUUGAGGACAUCCUGAGUAGCAUGGAUGGGGUGUCUGAGGCGUCGCUAGAGACAUCCCGAGAGACCUCACAGGAAGGACGGUCUGCAGACCUGGAGAGCCAGGCCCCCAGCGAACCUGCCAAGUCUCAGAGUUAUUAAAACCAUAGUUCUGCAUCCCCGGUCCACAGCCAGCUGGAACCCAGCAGAGCCCUCCC